AUGAGCCCGUCCUUCCUCCUUCUCCUCCUCCUCCUCGCCCUGCCCGCCCGCUCCCGGCGGGAGCAGGUGCCCGGCGGGGCGCAGCGGGGCCGCAACGCCCCCACGCCUUCCUCCUCCUCUUCCUCCUCCUCCCCGGCGGCGGCGGCGGGGCCGAGCCGCUUCCCGCGGAGCCGCCCGGAGCGGCGGCGGGGCCGCCUGUACUGCCGGGUGGGCAUCGGCUUCCACCUCCAGCUGCACCCCGACGGCCGCGUGGACGGCGCCCACGACGCGAGUCCGCUAAGUAUUUUGGAAAUAUUUGCUGUGUCUCAGGGGAUUGUAGGAAUACGAGGAGUUUUCAGCAACAAAUUUUUAGCGAUGUCAAAAAAAGGAAAACUCCAUGCAAGUGCCCGGUUCACAGCAGACUGCCAUUUCCGGGAGCGCUUCCAGGAGAACAGCUACAACACCUACGCCUCGGCCGUGCACCGCAGCCCGCGCUCGGGGCGCCAGUGGUACGUGGCCCUCAACAAGCGGGGCAAAGCCAAGCGGGGCUGCAGCCCCCGUGCCCGGCCCCAGCACGUCUCCACACACUUCCUGCCCCGCUUCUGGCAGCCGCAGCCCCCCGAGCUCACCUUCACCGUCGCCCUCCCCGAGAAGAAGCCCCCGCCGCCGAAGCCAAAGCUCGCCCCAUCCCCGCCUCGGAAGAACCCCGGCCCCGUCAAGUACCGGCUGAAGUUCCGUUUCGGGUAGUGCCACAGUGGGGAUGCCGGCGCCGGAGAGAUCGAGCAGCUUUCAGGGCUGACCCCGCGGGAGGCCUGCGACCCCUCCCCAGAUGGACACGGGGGAUCUCCGGGUCUUCUCUUCACCACCCGAGCCGGGCGGCAUCCCCGGAGGUGUGUGUUGGGCUGACACAACUCGGGCUUUCCAAAGAGUAUUCCUGUGGUGAACUGAAAACACUGCAUGGACCUCGGGUUAGUGUUCUGAUGCUGAAAGAUGCAGAAAGGUACCUCUACGGCGAACGUAUUUUUUUACCUUGUUUUCACUAGUGACUUCUUUGACAAUCAUUUUCAUACGAGAGAUGCUCAGAGCCAAGCAGUUUUGUUUGUUUUUCUUGCAUCUCCUUCUUGCUGCACUUUUUCCUCCAACCUUACCUCAGACACCGGAUAUCCAGGUCUGCCCCUUCCCCUUCUCCUACAAACCAGCUCCUCCCUUCCACAAAGAAAGAGCAAGACCAAGCUCUGCAAAUUCACUCAUCUUGUGGUGCAAGGGAAGUGGGUAUUAAAACUCCCUGUUGGCAAUAAUAGAUACAUGUAUGUAUUUUUUAAGGGUUGCAGGCUUGGGGAGGGCGGCUGUUUGCAGCCCUGCUCCCGGGGUCUCUCCUGUUCUUCCCCGGACAGCCAGAGGAGCGAGUCUACUUCUGUGCGUCCACGUAUGGAUUUGAUAUCUGUGUUUAAAUUACCUCUGCCCCCGUGCUGGGGCAUUUCUGUUGCCUGGUAGAGCCCCUCCACACCCUUGCUCCCUGGGGACAGGGACACCUGUGGCCCCUGGGUGCCUUCUGGUUUCUUCCAACAGUUUUUGCUGCUGAUUUAUUUUACCAUUCACAAUACAUUUGCAGAGGUGGGGAUCAAGGGUUUUAUUUUACAGUGAGCGUGGCGACGUGGCAAUAAAUACUGUUACAGCUGCUUGUCCCUUCGGAAGUGUUUUUCCAGGUUGCCAACGGCCUCGAUGUUGAAUUGUUUCUCUGUGUGAUGUACUCUGUGGAGUCAUUGUGCCUAUGGAGUUUGUAAUCAGUGUUUAGCUGAGCUGCUGUACGUACAGACAAUGGUAGCAUCGAACCUCACCGGUGAAGCCUUAAUAGGAGCCCAGGUGGGUUCACGUGGGCAGAACCCCUCCAGACCUGACCCACCAGUGUCUGGCAGCAACAACGAGGGUGAGCGGCAGGGCUGAGCCUCUUCUCCAAAUGUGAUUGUGGUACAAAUGACUGUUUGCACUGGGAUCCCAGUUCUUUGCCUGUCAUCCCUCUGGGCAGCCCCUGCUGGAC